AUGAGGUCUCAAGACUGGUCUCGAGUUAUUGAUAAAAAAGAAAUCGUGGUUAUCAAUUAUGCGGAUAGGGAGAUGGUAGAGCCAAAGAUCUAUCAUACAGCGUCAACAAUUCAUAAAGCACCACCGAGGCUGUCUCCGAAAAAAAGUUCAUUGUUUCCACAUUUAGAUCAUACACCGAUAUCAGGGAUUGAGGGGAAAAUGCUGCUUUAUAAUGAAGUUUUCAUAAAAUCUACAAGUCUUCCUGCUUUAGCUAGCAAAAAAAAACCAAAAAAACCUAAAAAAAUUCGAAAGGUAAAAAUAACCAAAACUCCUGGUUUUUUUCAUCAGCUUUUAUCAAUACCAGUGGAUUACCCAAAUCCUGGAGAAACGCUACAAGACUUAUUAAUGAAAUCAGAGCUAGGAAUCCCGCCUGGAGACUUGCAGAGGGAAGCGAAAAUGUCUUUGGCACUAGGAGAUAAAUUUGAGUCUGGUAACAAAAUUUUAAAAGCGACCAAGUUUUAUAGGAGACUUUAUUUUGCAAGCGAAAUGAAUGGGGAUAAUGAAGGAAAAGCUCUUGCGUUAAAUAGGCUGGGACUUGUAUAUUAUAACAAAGGGAGGUUUAAAAAAGCAAAAGAUAUGAAUGAAAACCAUCAGCAGCUUUGUCCAGAUGAGUUUAUCCCAUACUAUAAUUUGGGAAUUAUAUAUAGAAGCCUAAAAAAGCAUAUGCUAAGCAUCAAAAAACUAGAGCAAGCUGUCGAUAUGUCAGUUGAAAUUAAUGAUAUUGAAGGGGAAUGCAUUGCUUUAGCACAACUAGGAUUUAGCUACAAAGCCUACGAAGAUCUAGACAAAGCUAAGCAGAAUUUAAACCAAGCUCUCGAAAAAGCUAUCGAAAUCGGCACAAAAGAUAUUGAGCUCGAGCUGAAAAUGGCUUUAGCCUAUAUUUUUUACCACACAGAGCACUCUGAAGACUCUGAAAAAUAUUUCCACUCUGCAAUGCUUAUGAGCAAAGGGCCAUUAAGCGAUAUCUGCAGGAUCAAUGUUGGGAUCCUCCGGGCACAAAAAGCUGAUAUUUUCAAUAUCAAGAAACCACUGAUAAUUAAUAAAAAUUAA